AGGUUGAAAGGAUCGUAGACAAGAGGAAGAACAAGAAAGGAAAAUGGGAGUAUCUCAUCCGGUGGAAAGGCUAUGGGAGCACCGAGGACACGUGGGAGCCCGAGCACCACUUGCUGCACUGUGAGGAGUUCAUCGACGAAUUCAACGGGCUGCACCUGUCCAAGGAGAAGAGGCUCAAGUCAGGGAAGCAGGCCAGUGCCUCCAAGCUCCUGCGGGACAGCCGAGGCCCAUCGGUUGAGAAACUCUCCCAUAGACCUUCCGAAUCCGGAAAGAGCAAAGGGACUUCCCACAAACGGAAGCGAAUCAACCCUUCUCUGUCCAAGCCAAAGAAAGGGUACCCAGCCAAGCCCCCUGCGGGAGGGGACAGGGCCACCAAGACGGUAUCUUACAGGACUACCCCCAGCGGUUUGCAAAUAAUGCCCCUGAAAAAGGCUCAGAAUGGGCUGGAAAAUGGGGACACCGGUUCCGAGAAGGACGAGAGGAACUUUGGAAACGGGUCCCACCAGCCCAGCUUGGAUUUGAAUGACGUUGGAGAGCAAGACCUGGGCGAGUGCGAUGUUAGCCAUGCGGCGCUGGCAGAGAACGGGCUCGGCUCCGCGCUGACCAACGGGGCAUUAACCCUGCACAGCCCCGUGAAGAGGAAGCUGGAGGCAGAGAAGGACUACGUCUUCGACAAGAGGCUCAGGUACAGCGUCCGCCAGAAUGAGAGCAACUGCCGGUUCCGGGACAUCGUGGUGCGGAAGGAGGAGGGCUUCACGCACAUCCUGCUGUCCAGUCAGACCUCGGACAACAAUGCGCUGACCCCCGAGAUCAUGAAGGAGGUCCGGCGAGCGCUGUGCAACGCCUCCACAGACGACAGCAAACUGCUGCUCCUCAGCGCGGUGGGCAGUGUGUUCUGCAGCGGCCUGGACUAUUCCUACCUAAUCGGCCGGCUGUCCAGCGACCGGCGAAAGGAGAGCACCCGGAUUGCAGAAGCCAUCAGGGACUUCGUGAAGGCCUUUAUCCAGUUUAAGAAGCCCAUCGUGGUGGCGAUCAACGGGCCCGCCCUGGGCCUGGGCGCCUCCAUCCUGCCCCUCUGCGACAUCGUGUGGGCCAGUGAGAAGGCCUGGUUUCAGACCCCCUAUGCUACCAUCCGCCUCACUCCUGCUGGCUGCUCCUCAUACACCUUCCCCCAGAUCCUGGGUGUUGCACUGGCCAAUGAGAUGCUCUUCUGCGGGCGGAAGCUCACUGCCCAGGAGGCGUGCAGCAGAGGACUCGUGUCCCAGGUCUUCUGGCCAACCACGUUCAGCCAGGAGGUCAUGUUGCGGGUCAAGGAGAUGGCGUCCUGCAGCGCGGUGGUGCUGGAGGAGUCGAAAUGCCUCGUUCGGAGCUUCCUGAAAUCAGUGCUUGAAGACGUGAACGAGAAAGAAUGCAUCAUGCUCAAGCAGCUCUGGAGUUCCUCCAAAGGCCUGGAUUCCCUGUUCAGCUACCUGCAGGACAAAAUUUACGAAGUUUGAAGGGCCGGGCUCCCUUGCCCCACUGCCCCAGGGCAUCUGACUUCCAGCUCUGCCCCGUGUUUCAGAACUGGGACAGAGCACAGCGUAUGCCCGGCCAAGGAGUUUGUCCAGGUGUCUCUUUACACCUGGGGUUGUGUCUAUUUCCUCGUGUGUUUGGUUGCUCCUUAUUGGUUUGGUUUCGUGUGACAGAUGGGAAACGCAGCAUCCUUGGCCUCCCCGGGCCCCUUCCCCGCUGGCUAGAGAGCCAUGGAGGGCUAUCUUCCCAGGCCUCUGCCGGGUGCCGCUGUCCUGUCCCCACUUGCUGAAAUGCACCAUCCUGGUCCAGGAAGGGGAAGACCAGUUUCCCCAUCCUUCUGCCUCAGGCUGUGUCUACACAGUGCCUCUGAUUUGGAGACUUGGCUGUCAUGGCUCUCUCCGGUUAAGUGCAGAUCUGGUGACAGGAGCCAGUCAGUCUUAGGGAAUUUCCAGACCAAUGAGCAAAAGGAUUGUGUAGAGCCAGCCUCAGUCUUCUCUCUGAUGCAAAUCUGUGUGACUUUUAGGGCUUGGUCUUCAAACCCAAUUGAGUGAUUUACGAACCCAGAUAUUGUACAUUUAGGAAUGUUUUGUUAAAUAUAUAUUUUUAAAACGAUGUAAGUGGAAAUUCUGAUAAUUUAUGUGUAUUAUAUGUAAAGCUAGUUUUGCAAAAACGUGAACUACUAGGAAAAUGUUUUUUC